AUGGCAUAUGACCUUUUCUAUCUUGUUGCCGGAAACUUCUCGACAAAGACGUUUUCAAGCACCCCAGGUACCUAUGCUGUACGGGAAUUGGACCUUCGUGGUCUUCCAGCGGUGCCAAAGGCGCCUUUGAAGAUUGGUGGUCCCGCACUUCGGAAAGUGGUUGACAUCCCUCACUCUGGUUUCCUUAAUGGCUUGGCCGUCCUCAACCCGGUCGAGGGCGUGCUUCUCAUUUCUGACAGUCUGUACGGAGUCGUCUGGUCGGUGAAUGUGAACACCGGGGCCACAGCCAUUGCCAUCAACGACACUUCAAUGGACCCACUGCCUAACGAAGCUGCGCCCUUAGGCAUCAAUGGUCUUCACGUGGUGGAAGACGAGCUCUUCUACACCAACAGCAACCAGCAGACCUUCAACAAGGUCCGUGUCGACACCAAGACUGGUCGUGCAACCGGACCCGUCGAGACCAUCGUCAACAGCACGGCGAUUGCUCCCGACGACUUCACCAUCGACUUUGAAGGAAACGUGUGGAUUGCGGAUAACUUGUUCAAUGAGCUGUCCCUCGUGAAAGGCGGUGCGACGCUGGAGAGCACGGGAGAAUCGAAGCCAGCUUUAGUGUCUGGGAGUCUUAAUUCCACCACGAUAGCGGGCCACACCAGCGCAGCUUUUGGCGUCAGUAGUGACGAUGUGUGA